AAGAAAAAAAAAAGGGAGAGAAAAACGCCGGAAGAAGGACUCGCUCGCUAAACAGUAAAGACCCCCUUUUUUAGGCCUUUCUCUCUCAUACACGCACUCCCCCGUACAAGCUCUCUGAUCCGAAAUCGUCGUGCGCUGCACUAACUGGUCAUCUUCGACAUCCUCCGCCGCGUCGGCAGUUCUCGCACUGUUUCAGCUCUGCGCCUGUUAUGGCUCUCUUCUCUUCGUACUGAUUUUGGAGAAAUGGAAUCCGUGUUCUUCGAGCCUCGGAAAGUCAAGCGAACAACGUAACAAACAGGGCGUGGUUGGGUUAUGGCCGAACCUAGCGAUAAAGACAAUAAGCUAUGGAAAGGGUUAUUUGCGGUGGCUGGAAUCAUGACCACCCUUGUCACCUACGGAGUUUUACAGGAAAAGAUCAUGAGAGUUCCAUAUGGGGCGAACAAAGAAUAUUUCAAGCACUCCUUGUUUCUUGUUUUUUGUAACCGCAUCACCACCUCUGCAGUUUCUGCGGGUGUACUACUGGCAAGUAAAAAGACGGUGGACCCUGUAGCUCCAGUUUACAAGUACUGCCUUGUUUCAAUUACAAAUAUAUUGACCACCACAUGUCAGUAUGAGGCCCUCAAGUAUGUCAGUUUUCCUGUCCAGACUCUAGCAAAGUGUGCUAAAAUGAUACCUGUGAUGGUGUGGGGUACCAUCAUUAUGCAAAAGAAAUAUAAGGGUCAGGACUAUUUUCUGGCUCUUCUUGUGACCCUGGGUUGUUCAAUUUUUGUUCUCUACCCGGCAUCAGCUGAUCUUAGUCCAUUUGAUAGAGGAAGGGAAAGCACUGUUUGGGGCGUCUCGCUUAUGAUUGGUUAUCUUGGAUUUGAUGGCUUUACAAGCACAUUUCAAGAUAAACUUUUCAAAGGCUAUGAUAUGGACAUACACAAUCAAAUAUUCUAUACAACUAUGUGUUCUUGCAUUCUUAGCCUGACAGGUCUCAUAUUACAAGGACAUCUAGUUUCUGCAAUUGAUUUUGUUUAUAUCCAUAAGGAUUGUUUCUUCGACAUCGCAUUUCUCUCCACUGUAGCAACUGCUAGUCAAUUUUUUAUAUCUUACACCAUUCGCACUUUCGGAGCUCUGACUUUUGCCACCAUAAUGACAACAAGACAGUUGGUGAGCAUCAUGUUAUCAUGUGUGUGGUUUUCUCAUCCUCUUAGCUGGGAACAAUGGAUUGGAGCUAUUUUGGUAUUUGCUUCGAUAUAUGCUAGGAGCUUCCUGAGAAAUGCACCUGAGAAACCUCCACCUUCACAAACAGCAGAAAAUCGAUCUUCAAGCCCCGUGAGCCGAUCUUCAAGCCCCCUUAACCGAGCUUCAAGCCCCAUGAAGGAGAGUCCAUGAAUGGAGGGUUUUCUGUUGCAUUUACCAUGUGAUAUUGAGCUCUGGGCAGGACUAGCUUUCACUUUGUGAUGCCUUUUAUUGCAUAUUCCAAAAGCCAAAUACAGGGGUUGUGCUGGAAAAUUGCUGCAAAGUAGAAUUUAGAAUAGAUUUGUAGGCUCCACUCUUCAAAAAUUGCUGAUAGAGAUAAUGCUGCCCGAGGCCAGUUUUCAAGCCUCUUGUUUUUGUUCUUAAAACGGUCUUUUCUCAGUCCCAUUGCUGAAAAAGAAAUGGGGUUUUAUAUGAUGGGAUAAGUUAAAAAGAGCUUGAUUUCUUGUUCA